AUGAAUUGCGUAUCGAAAUCAAAAUUCAAGAAAUCAUUGAGCAAAUCAAAAGAUUUCGCUUAUCAAUGUCUGGUUUGUACAGCACCAACGAUGGGCUUUCACUUUGGAGUGAUUUGUUGCCCACCGUGUAAGAUGUUUUUCAAACGAAAUGCUGAAUCCAAGCAAAUACCUCUGGCAUGUACUUUUGCAAAUAGAUGUGAUAUCGAUACAGCGAGCCGGCGAAGGUGUCGAUUUUGCCGGUUAAACAAAUGUUUUGCAAUCGGAAUGAAAGUCGAGCUAUUCCAUGCGCCUCAUGCAAAAAAUCACCAAUGGAAACAACUCAAUUCGAUUAACUUGCUAGAAUCUUAUCAAACAACUCUAACUGCUGAAGAAUGCAAUCUACUUUCACAUGUCGACGAUCUAUUCGACGAAAAUGCACAACUAGCAACAGUUCUCAAACUAUUUGGGGAUUAA